AGCAACAAGCGAGAUGCGUUUCCAGCAUUUUUUCAUACAUUUUUUUAUUUUUUUAUUUUUAUUUUUUAUAUUCACUAAUUCAGCUACUGUUCCUACAUUAUUAUGUCUGAAAUGUGACAAGGAUUUCGAAAAAAUCAAGGAUGAAUUCAUACACUUAUUUGACAUGAAAGAUGUACUUGGAUCUUCCAAACUGGAUUUUAUUAAGCCAGCUAUAAAGAAAAUAUUUACUGCUACGUUUGAGGUAGUUAUUGCCAAGAUGGAAGAGAGGAGACUGGAUAAAAUCGGGAUAAGUGAACUGGCCAAGGAGUUCAGGAAAACAAUGAAAUCUAUAAAAGAUACUAAAGCUAAAGGAACCGAAUUUAUCAAGGCCAUAGAAUCCAACAUCCAAGAGCUUAAACGGAAAGCCGAGAUUAUUGCUCAAACGUUUGAGCAAGAACGUUCAUGCCCCAAUCUGAAAGGUGGCUUCAAAUGUGGAGUUCUUGAGCAGAAAAUUAUUCAGUGCGGCACAUGCAAAGAGCAGACUCUGGUGUGUGUCGGGGGCUCCAAUCAGAACAAAUGUGACGAAACUGUGUUCAACUGCCUGAUGUGUGUGUGUCGGGCAGGAGUUUGUCACCACAGAACAACUAAGCAACUGUGUCAGCCUUGCACAGGCUACCAGAAGUGCCUCAAUGAGGUGUUACAUUGUAAAGGUGAGUUGUGUUCUCUUUUGGGUCUUGGUAGGGUUCUGGCUGGGCCUUAAGGGCUUAAAAGAAACAAAUUAAUGUUUAUUGCAAUAUUUGUAUCUUCUAGAUCAGGAUCUCAGAGUUGCUGAAGGCGAAGACCUAAAGUUUGACUGCAACCUAAAAUUUCUCAAUCUCGUUGAUGAAAAGUUUGAAUUUGUAUUAGAAAAGAGAGAAGAAUCGGGCGUCUCAUCCACGCAGACCGCCAACAAACCGAACUUCCUUAUAGCAAAAGCCGGCAAGGAAGUUUCAGGCCGUUACAGCUGUACGGCAAAGGCCAAAGAUGUAAUGUUUCCAAUAAGCAGAGUGGAUUUUACAGUAAAAGUUGUGAGCCCACCAGAACCUGAAUUUCUGGACUCAUCAGUUCCAUCUCCUGCUGGAGAUAGGAAAGAUAUAUUUAAAGCUAUCCGGUUGGCCAAGAUAAUGGUUAUAACUGGCACUGUAACCUGCUUGGCCAUUACUGCAUCGAUAAUGACCUGCAUAUGUUUAUUAAUAAGAAAAAGCCACAGAGAAGAAGAGGCUCGUGCCCAGAAGAAACCAGCGGUACUGGAAGAAGUGAAGAUUUCCAUGGAUAGUAAGAAGAGCAAGCCGGGCACUAGAGAAAAGGCAACACAAACAGAUGUCUGAGGGCAACAGCUAUUCCAUUUGUCUAUGGCUGUACCCCAACGUCAUUCUGUUACGUGUAUCGGCGCAGGUUAAAUGCCACAGAAUCCUAAAGUGAUCUUAUUCUGCCCUGAAUACUUACACAGCGCUCCCUCUUUAUACCCCCUUAUUCUAACACUCAGUUGGUGAGGAAGGGCGAUCGAGGGAUGGUGGGCGGGUUGGGGGUAUAAAGAGGGAGCAGACGCUGCUGUUGUGUAUUCAGAGCUGACAGAUCAGAAGAUCUAUAGAUUGAAAGAAGAUCUCUGUGAUUAUAAAAUGUGACUAUUGGUCUA